AUGACAGCGCCAAAGGCCUUUCUUGAAGCAGCUCGCUCCCACCUACCAUUGGAGGUUGCCCAAGAUUUCGACGCUCCCACCAACGCCGUUGACGCGCCGACGCACGCGGCCUCUUUGGCGUGGCACACGACCAAGAAGCUCGGCAGCCUCUUCGACGACGCGGCCGAUCUGCGCGCUCGGAAGCGACUGGCGACAACGGCGUUCAACAACAUGUGGAAAAUCUGGAUGCGUCGCGGCCUCAUCUCGGAAGGCAACCGUGUGCGGUUGUACAAGUGCUACGUGCUCCCGGUGGUGGGGCGCUCGCGCUGCGCCGUACGCCAUAUGCUCCAAGCCGAGGACCCCUUCAAUCGGCCUCCGAAGAAGCGCACCUGCCCGAAAAUGUCAGUGCGCAGCCUACGCCGCCUUCGCGAGGCUGCCUCCGCAAGCGGCAAGUCAGCCAGCAAGCUCAAGACGGAGCUGCAGCUUGACGCCUCGGUCCAUACUGUCCAGCGCCACCUGAAGUUAACUCCGUGGCUCCAGUACAUGAAGCGUUAG